CACACUGUCACCACCCAGAGCUAACUCAGGGCCAACUCAAGUCCGAGUACCCGUUAUAUUAAAUAUUGAAUGGCACCAACUUCAAGAAACCAGCGCCAACAGUCAAGAGCAUCCUUUCAUCCAUCCAAUGAUCCUGCAACUUACCGUGAUCUACUACUCUUUGAAGAGCGCCUCAAAACCAAUGCCGCUCAGCUCCAACGCAGAAAGUCCAGGUAUCAGCUGUUCCUAUUUCAUCUUCUGAUAGCUAUUGCAUUCCUUCUUUCCGAAGUCCUUCUUCAGACGUCCUUUCUAGACAUACCCUACACGAACCUCCUCCGCAAAGUACUUCCGGAUGUGUACGGGGGUGUUGAGAGCUCAAAGCCCCACCCGUACUUUGCAUCGGGGCUCCUCUUCGUACUUGUAACUGCCCUCCUUCUCUUCUUUGCCAGCGGCAUGUAUGCUGAGAAAAUUGCAUAUGCAAAUAGAUAUGUUCCUCAUGCGAAUAAAGCUCUUCGAAAUUUUAACAUGUACCUGAAUGUCCGACGUCCCCCCCUUCGCUCAGCAUUCUCUAUCAGCCCCUUUCCUUUUAUUUUCCAUCGACCUACCCAGUCACGAGGACCGUCCCCAACACCGCGCCCAUCCAAUGCACCAGCUCCCAUGGCUCCUAUACCACCAGCAAACAAUCCACGUGGUGAACUCAUUUUUUCGUCACGCGUUGACCGGGGCUUUAGGGAGAGCUACGAGAGAUAUCGAGCUGCAUUUGAAAGGAAGCGAGAUCGAAGAGAGAGGGAUGAAAGAGACAAGACGUGGACAGGACGAAUUGCGAACAAGAUGCCGUGGAAUCAACCGCCGGAUGCGCCGUCUGCUUUAGUCGCACUUUCACGGACCGCGUCUGGUCGCGGGCGGGGGAGCGCUGUCGGCACUCCAUUAGGGUCCAGGAGAUCAAGUCCUAUGCCUAGGCCAGGGACAAGAGAUUCUCCUGCUGUGAGGACUAUUGAUUAAUAUUGAUUAAGCAGAUCUAAUCAAUAUUGUCAUUCACAUUCGUCUGAAAAAUAAUGUCCAUUCAUACUUUUGUGAGGUGUGUGUUCCCCAAGUCGACUAGGUAGCAGAGAAGUUGUCGGUGCCUAGUGAAUUUGUAACAAUAUUGAAGAUGAACG